CUAUUCUGCAGAGGCAUCAGAACAGCAGACGUCUUCUGCAACACUGUUGGGGUUUUUUUUGCACUUUACUUGAAGCGUUUCAUGGAAUUGUCACAAGUCUGCAACGUAGCUCGUCUUCAUGGACGACUAUGAUGUGGACAUGGACGAGGAAGAAGAGGGGGACUUAUUCAUGAGAAAGGCCACAGCAGGCCUCUGGUGGGAGGACUGUGGUGCUGAUGGCAACUGUGACAUACAUCACCAGAGAGGGGGGAGAGGCUGCAUGGUAAACAGUCACAGCUGGGCAGAGGAGCUCCAGGAUAUCUUUACACCACAGGCUGUGGACUGUUACAGCGGAGGACGAAGCAGAUUCUCCAGUAUCUCUGCCCAGAGAAACGAGAGAGAGUCCAUCAGGCAGAAACUUGCCCUUGGCAGUUUCUAUGACGACGAGCCUGUCAUCUACACCAGCUGCAGCAAGAACGGCCCAUCCACCCGGCUGCAGGGCGGGGUUAACCUUCAGGUGUGUUUUGUCAAUGACAGCAACAGUGACAAAGACAGCGAUGCAGAGGACAGCAGGACAGAGACCAGUCUGGACACGCCGCUUUCACCUGUGAGCAAGCAGAGCUCUUCGUUGUCGGACCGAGACACGGCAGAGGAGGACUCGGACCCGUUAGAUGACUGCAGCGGGUUCUGGCGGGUGCAGCGGAGACUGCAGGAGGAGGCCAGGGUGGCGCUGGCCCUAGCUCGACCCAUGGCCCGCAUGCAGGUGGAGGUGGAGAGGCAGAUACAGCUGCACAGACGCUCGCCUGUCGCUGACAUGCUUCCCCAUUUGCCUCACAUCAGCGAGUGCUUGAUGAAGAGGAAUUUGAGGCGAGGGGACAUGAGGGACAUGAGUCUCGGACAGCUGCAAGUCAUCACAAAUGACCUACACUCACAAAUCCAGAGUUUGAAUGAAGAGCUGGUGCAGUUGCUGCUAUUGAGGGAUGAGCUGCAUGUGGAGCAGGACGCCAUGCUGGUGGACAUAGAGGACCUCACCAGGCACGCUCACAGCCACCAUCGGCAGCAGGCGGACAAAGCCAUCUCUAAAUAAACACAUCGCCCGGUCCUCACGUGUGUCCGUCUGCACGUCAUCCCACCCGCAUCGCUCCAUGGACCGUCACCAGUGUUAAUUAUGAAACCCCAUCUGUGCUGACUGUUUCUGAAGAGCUGAUAUAAUAUGUGUUGUCAGGAUGUUGUCACAGGCCAGAGGAGGGGGCUGCUUUCUGUACGAACGCAGCUGGGUUUGUGCAGGCUUCUCACUUCCACCUCGGCAUGAUUUACCAGAGCAUAUUUCACAGAUGCCGGGGAAACACUUUGACCUCAUUCCAUCCCCAACACUGAUUUACCUCUUUAUGACUUUUGCACAGUACACUCAUGCACAUGUACGUUAGUGCAGUAAGGGAGAGGAAACGCCUGCACACUUUAUUUCUCACUUCUCUCAGAAAGGAUAAUGACUUUCAGGGACAUG